CUGCGCAGGGAUCAACAGGUCUGAAGGUACCGAAGUUUCUCAACUCAGCUUUCAGCAGCUUGCUGUGUCCGGUACCGAAAACGUGGUGGUACCGAACCGUACGGAGGGCACGUGGCAGCUGCGGGGCGGCAGGACAUGUUUGCGUGUCGCUCUGUAAACUACUGUUAGCUUAGCUGUUAGCCCCCAGCUGUUUUUAAAUUCUCUGUGACGUCACCUACCUAAUGCUGAACGGCAGUGACGUCACUGACUGUUCACGUGAGCAGUCUUGUCCUGUAAUUAUUUACCCGUUUAAGAGAUAAAGAGCUUUACCGUGGGUCAGGGUUUCAGGUAUUAGUCGGAGCCUGAUAGUUGUUGACAGGAAGUUAGACGGCUCCACGCUGCUCCUCUGCUGGGACGUGUGCAGCCGGGAGAACCAGCUCAGGUAAACUCAGGCGCAGGACUCCCACAUCUUUUUGUUUUUGAAUCAGACUUCGGGCAGGUGUGCAGCAUGUCUAAAGAACAGGUGAGCAUCUCAGAACUCCUGCUCUCAUUGGACAGUUCCGAGCUGCAGGAGGCAGAGCGUGUGAGAGCAGCGGUCAACAAGCAGCUCGCUACAGACAGAGGAGGCGCUGUCCUCUUGUCUCUGGUGGAGUACUACCUGGACUCCUUCUCGUCUCAGGCGGUGCUCCUCCUCUCCUCCAUCAGGGAGCCUCAUCACAAGGUCCUGUUGGAGAAGCUGAACGACUCCCUGAGCCGAUCCAGAACCAGACUAGCUGCUGUCACCUUACUGGGUCACCUGAUCAGGAAGCAGCCCCCCUGGGUGCAUCACAUCAGCCAGUCAGUGCUGCUGUCCUCGCUGCUGCGAUGCCUUAAGACAGACAGCGACGUUGUCGUCCUCAUCACUGGAGUUUUGGUCCUCAUCACAUUACUGCCCAUGAUCCCUCAGGCUGGAAAACAACACAUCUAUGACUUCUUCGAUGUGUUUGGGCGCCUCGCAUCCUGGAGCAACAAAAACCCCGGUCAUGUACCUUUGGUGUACCUGGUCCACCUCCAUGCAGGUGUAUACUCCCUGUUCCAUCGGCUGUACGGGAUGUUCCCCUGCAACUUUAUGUCCUACCUGAGACUGCACUACAGCAUGAAGGAGAACCUGGACACCUUCCAGGAGGUGGUCAAGCCGAUGUUGGAACAUGUACGGGUUCACCCAGAGCUGGUUACAGGGACUCAGGACUAUGAACUGGACCCAUCCAGGUGGAGGUCUUUUGAAGUUCAUGACAUCAUGAUUGAGUGCUCCAAAGUGUCUCUGGACCCUCUGGAGUCAUCUUGUGAGGAGGACUUUUACUACCCCUCCCGUGUUUUACCAAGACCUCCCCCCAUGUCCUCCCCCGCUCCUCACCUGGAUCUUGGCUCCACUCCUUGUGACUUUGAGCCUUUCAGCAGUUCAGAACAUUUGGUUGGUGCUUUGCAGAGUGGAAAUCGACCUGUGCUGACGCUUGAGAACUCCCACACUCUGGCUGAUGAUGUCACCUGGAGUCCCUCCUCUCGCUGUGGUUUGUCAACGCCCCCCCCUGAACCAACCGUUAUAGGCUCCACCCCCUCACUGAGCAGGUGCUCCUCCUUCUCAGGUGUUAAAUAUCCUUUGGCCCCGCCCACUGAGGACAACCAACAACACAGUGCUGGCCUUCAGGUGACGCAGCAGCCAAUCAGGGUGCAGGAGGUUAAUGAUGUCAUAAACAACAGCCAGGACAGUGCGGAUAUCGGUCCACCACCACCCACCGCCUCCUCCUCCGCUAAGCACCUCCUCCUCACUUCCACUCCAGCUCAUGAUGAGUCAUCUUCCAGCCUCCCUCCUGCCUGCUCUGCCUCUUUCUGCUUUACGCCUUCUCACCUGUCCUCCCAUAGAUCUAGAGAAGGCACCGCCCUCUCUGACAUUGGCCCCACCCCUUUAUAUGAAUCCCUGUUUGAGCUGGCUUUGCCCCGAGCCACCAUGCUGUUUACCAGUAAGAAGACACAGGAGGUGCUGCAGAGAACUGCAGGGGAGGAGGGGGAGGAAGAGGAGCAGCAGAGCUCCAUCUCUCCUCUCAAGGCUUUGGAUCAGAUGAUUCUCCAUGGAAACGAGGCUCACGAACGCCUCAGCAGGAGAUUUUCAGCAGCAAACAAGUCGCUGGACCGGAGUUCGUUUGGAGGUAAACAGAUCGGCAUGAGAAGCAAAGGCCCCUCCCAGGGGGAGGAGCUUCAGACCCUGAGGAGUCAGCUGCUGCUGGUCCACAGUCAGCUCCAGUAUGAGCGCUUCAAGCGUCAGCAGCAUGCCAUCAGAAACCGCCGCCUGCUGCGGAGAGUCAUCAGCGCCACGGUGCUAGAGGAGUACAGCGUUGCCAUGAAGGCUCAGCUGGGUGUUCAAGACGAGGAGAUCCAGAGUCUGAAGACCAGUCUGGACCAAGAACAGAGGCGAUACGUCGACCUGAAGCAGGACAUGAAGAUGCAAACGGAUCAGCUCCACUCACAGAUCCAGCAGCUGCUGCUGCAACAAGAGCACAAGCAGCAGCUGGUCCAGAAGCUGCAGAGCGAGCUUCACGAAUGUCAGAGCCGGCUCAGGGAUCUGGAGGCGGAGCUUCAGAAAACCAAUCACAAGGCCUACAAUGCUGAACACCAGCUGACCCAGCUGUCAGUCAAGCUGUGCAGCAGUGAGCAGCUCCAGCAGCAGAUGUUCCUCCUGAACCAGCAGCUCAUCCUGCUGAGGGACACCAACAGAGCUCUGCAGGAACAGCUGGAGGCCGGAGACGCGCACGUCUGGACCGAGGAGACCAUGCUGCAGGGCACUGUGGGUAAAGAAUUCCAGAAGCUGCAGGACAGAGACAUCCAGCAGAAGCAGAGACUCGAAGCAGCCAAUCACAGGAUAGCAGAGCUGGAGAAUCAGCUGGCCAAGAAGGAGAAGCUGAUCCUAGAUCAGAAGAAACUUCUGGAGGACACCAAAAUCCGGAGCAGGGCGGAGAUGUCAGCCUCUGAAAGUCGCUGCGUUGCUCUGAGGACAGUCGCCCAGAAUCUGCAGACCGAGAUGCUUCACCUGUACGGCCAGGUUCACCUGGACACAAAGACAGGAAGUGACCCCAGCAGUGUACUACAGGACACCAGCAGCAGACCAGUAAGUGACAGCAUCUCUUCACCUGUUCCUCACGGCAGCAACAAGUCCCGCCCCUCCUCCUCUUCUGCUGUUGGCAUCAUAAAUGGCACAGUGAAGGGCCUCUCCUGCUCCCCUCUCUCAGUCUCCCCCAUCGACUCCCCUCUGGCCGUUGGAUCCUUCCUGGAGCAGCAGGCACGGCGACUUUUUGGACCAUCUGGUCAGAGCCCAGAGGAGGAGCUGCAGGAGGAGGAGGAGGAGGAGGUGGUGGAAGAGGAGGAGGCAACCCAGCCUGAGAGCCCUCCUUUGGGUCAGGAGGUAGAGGAGGCCACCCCCCUCACUGGGAGUCCACAGAUGGAGCUCCUCAGUCGAGUCGUCACUGCAGACCUGGCACCUGCCGUCCGUCAGAGGAGAGACGAGCUCAGCAUCAUGGAUUAUAACGAGUCACUCCCGGAGUUGUGAUGGAGGGCGGAGGAGAGGGGAAGACUGGGAGCGUGUGGAUAAAUGAGAUUCUUCCGUUGUUCAAAUUUUAACUUAAUCUGGGUUUAAUCUGAGACUAAUCUGUGGUUAACCAGAACCGUCUAAAACAAACCUAGCAUUGAUUGUUUUUACACGUAAAACACUUCUCAGAAACCAGGAUCCACACAAACACAGGAGGUCACGUGACCAACUCUGGGUUCUGCUGUGGGUCUGGUAGUUCUGUGUACCUGCUCCAGCAGCAGGUCCGAGGUUCUGGUGGUACACGCGAGGCUCUGGGCCAGAGGAGUGUUCGGGGACUCGGAACCGGAUUGUUUUUGUGAAGCUGCUUGUGUCGUUCUGUUUUAAUCUAAAGCAUCAGCUGACGCAGGUUGAUGCCUCUGAGUGACGUUAAUAUCGCAACGUCGACGCAAAAUAAAAAGAUGGAAACGUGUAACUAAAGAACGUGUUGAGUUCAGGUGUGUUUCUCCAAUUCCAUGAAAGUGAACGGUUCUUGCAUUCAUCGUUUGUCUGGAGCGCUUUGUUCUGAGCCAAUCAGGUUUGUGUGUGACUUGGUUCUAUGAUGUCACACGGUUCACCCAGCUUCAUGAUUGGCUCCCGUAGCCAGAGAUCUGUUGUGGUGCAGGAUGCCAGCAGAUCAACGUCCCAUCUGGUUGGUUCAGAAUCAAAACCUCGACAAGGUUUAAUAAAAACUUCUCCAGGAAUGUUUCUGCUUUUGUGACUUCACAUUCAGCCCGCUGUUGCUGACGUUUUGGUUCUUUUGGAUCCUAAAUGGGUUAUUUUACUAUCUUACUGUAACCUAGCCAGAUCACUGCGGUAACCGAUUAUUCUCUUCUGCUGUGAGAUUCCUCUUGCACUCCGCCCCUGGUUCUGAAAAGAGAUCUACACUUUAAAAUCCAAACAGUGUGCACAAAGAUGUUUGGUCGGCUCCAGAUGAGAAACAGUUCCCUGUCGAUGUGUCGUCUGAUCUCUGACUCUUCUCAUCAGCAGUUCCGCCACGGACUGGGGCGUCCCGGUCUGUCACACAGUCGCCCUCCUCAUGCGGCCGCUCCACACUGAGUUCACAGUCUAAAGCCCAUUUUUACUUCAUCUGCUGGGUUCUGCCCAUCGACAGCCAAGACCUUGGCCGUGUUCCAGAUGGUGAUCGGCGAGCAGUGCAUGCCGGUGAGAUUUGUGUCCGACUUGACGUCGUGCAUACAUAGGCAACGAUAUCCUCGUGACAUCAAGGCGGCCGCAGAUUUUGGAGCAAGGCGCUGCAGUUGCUCCGCCGGCUGCAAAACCUAGAGGAUGACAGGAAAUGCCUGGUUCUCACCUGAUCUAAGAUCUGAUUGGUUCAUAUUCUGAUCCAAACAUCCGGUGGUAGAACAUGAAAUGUUAGUUGGUCACAUGUAUUCUGUAAAUCUUGUUAUGAUAACUAUAUAGGCCAUAAAGAGAAAUGUGGUUUGUGUUCUUUUGUCACGUUUCCUAUGAGCACACUAAACCUACAGCUUAUAACCUUUACUUAUUAUUACAGUCGUGUCUCCAUAUGCAUGAUAUCCACAAGCACGUGAGGAUGUGUUUCAGCUGCUAACAGGCACCAGAAUUAAAAUAAAAAAUUAAAGUAUGAACUCUAACGCGAUAUCUUCACCCGCUAACUACACAUGUAGGGAAAUCCAUCCAACUUUUGAACACUUCCACAUUAUAUAUGAAGAUUAAAUGAUUGAGCAACACUUUAAAACUCAAAGCCUGAACAGAAAAUGAUUAUAUUAUUGACUAAAUGCUGGACCAGUGACGUUUGCUGGUCUACUAGCCAAACCAGUACCAAAACACAUGCUGGUGACACCCAUGCUGGAUGAUUUCAGCAGGGUGGCUAAACGAUCCCACUCUGCUUGGUAUAUUUCUAUGUCGAUGCUUGGCAACGCUGCUCUUUUUGCGAAAAUCACAUAGAAACCAUAGAUCAUAUAUUUUACGAAUGUCAGAAAACACAAUUGUUCUGGAAAAAGCUAGAUGCGUGGAUCAAAACUAAAAUACCCCUCCCAGUUCACAUCACUAAAGGUAAUAUUUGGAAUUAUAUUCAGUAAUAAAGAUAAAGAACUCUGCUAUAAUAUC